GGGGCAGACUGCGGAGAGCUAUUGGCUGCCGGCUUUGUAAAUUUCAUUCAGUUUGAUCCAAUAGCAGGAGGAGUGCGCCUGGUACAGCCUGGACCUCUCUCUCCCGCUCCCUCCCCGCUCGCCUUGCCUUGCAGAUCAGCCUCCCCGGCUCGGGCUCUGCAUAGGCAAUCACAGUCCCUGCUCGCAGACCCAACUCACCCUCUUGCACCGAUUGCAAUGAAUUUUAUGCCUGAAUGUAGGUCGCUGACAGCCGAGAGCACGAGUUUCCUGCGCAUCCAGUGCUGUUUUAUUUCCUGUUGAUAUUUUUAAUUUUUCUUCCCCUCCUCCUCCUCCCUCCCUCCCCCAAUUCAUGGUCACUGCAUUCCUUUGGAGAAGCAAAUCGCGUUGGAUUCCAAAAAGGAGAGCAGGAUCCUUGUGUGAUAACACCGGCUGCAUGACAUCCUGAGAGGAUUUCCUGAAGGAAUCUGGCUGUGUGAAAAAGCCCCUCUGCUUCUGCGGCUCUUCCAGCAUUAAGGCAACAUUUGUGCUGUAACUAAAAUGUUGGCAUGCUGCCUCCUUUGGGGGGAUUCUGAAGGUUUCUCAAAGAUGCAACACAGUGGCUGAGUGGACUGGACUUCACUGGAGGGAGUCAUUUUGCUGGGGAAGUGGAGUAACUGUGGUUCUUUUCUCACUCUAUUGGCUGGGACGUGCUGUGCAUUGUCAGGAUUAAGCCGACACUCAAGACUGGGAUGGGCCUUGGGGACAAACACUCCCUGAUUUCUUCUGACUCUGGAAUUUGUCUAUAGCCAAUCAACUAAGUCACACAUCAAAUUUUGGUUUUUCGCUGCCUGAGAAAGGUUAUGCUAUUUUUGAAUAGUUUUUUAUUUUAUUAAUAAUUUUCAUUUUAUUUGACUCAUUUUUCUACUGCUCGUGGGAAAAAUAAGAGUCCUGCUGAUGUUGAUUUAAAUAAUGUCGAAACCAAUGGGACUCCUAUGGCUGCCUUUGAUCUUCACUCCAGUGUGUGUCAUGCUGAAUUCCAACUUCCUCCUAUGGAUAACUGCACUGGCUAUAAGAUUUACUCUUAUUGAUGGCCAAGCACAAUACCCAGUGGUUACCACAAAUUAUGGCAAAAUACGUGGUUUAAGAACACCUUUGCCCAAUGAAAUCCUUGGUCCAGUGGAACAGUAUCUGGGUGUUCCUUAUGCCUCUCCUCCAACUGGGGAAAGGCGAUUUCAGCCCCCAGAGCCACCAUCAUCUUGGACAGGUGUCCGUAACGCCACACAAUUUGCUGCUGUCUGCCCACAGUACCUGGAUGAGAGAUCAUUGCUCAACGACAUGCUGCCAGUCUGGUUUACAGCCAAUCUGGAUACUGUGGUGACAUAUGUUCAAGAUCAAAAUGAAGACUGCCUGUAUUUGAAUAUCUAUGUGCCCACAGAAGAUGGAGCCAACACAAAGAAAAGCGCAGAUGAUAUAACCAGUAAUGAUCGUGGUGAAGAUGAAGACAUUCAUGAUCAGAACAGCAAGAAACCAGUUAUGGUCUACAUCCAUGGCGGAUCUUACAUGGAGGGUACUGGCAACAUGAUUGAUGGGAGCAUUCUUGCAAGUUAUGGAAAUGUCAUUGUUGUCACCCUCAAUUACAGGCUGGGCGUUUUAGGUUUUUUAAGUACUGGGGACCAAGCUGCAAAAGGCAAUUACGGAUUGCUUGACCAAAUCCAAGCUUUGCGUUGGAUUGAAGAAAAUAUUGGAUCUUUUGGAGGAGACCCAAAAAGAGUUACUAUUUUUGGAUCUGGGGCAGGAGCUUCCUGUGUCAGUCUUCUGACACUCUCUCACUACUCAGAAGGUUUGUUCCAAAAGGCAAUCAUACAGAGUGGAACAGCCCUGUCCAGCUGGGCAGUGAACUAUCAGCCUGCCAAGUACACUCGGAUAUUGGCAGAUAAAGUCGGCUGCGACAUGCUGGAUACCACUGAUUUGGUUGAAUGCCUUCGGAAUAAGAACUACAAAGAACUCAUUCAACAGACCAUCACUCCAGCCACGUACCACAUUGCCUUUGGCCCUGUGAUAGAUGGAGAUGUGAUUCCAGAUGACCCUCAGAUUCUCAUGGAGCAAGGCGAAUUCCUUAACUAUGAUAUAAUGCUGGGUGUGAAUCAAGGGGAAGGUUUAAAAUUUGUGGAUGGCAUUGUAGACAAUGAAGAUGGUGUUUCUCCCAAUGAUUUUGACUUUUCUGUCUCCAAUUUUGUGGACAAUCUAUAUGGUUAUCCAGAAGGAAAAGAUACACUCCGAGAGACCAUUAAAUUCAUGUAUACAGACUGGGCAGACAAGGAAAACCCUGAAACAAGACGAAAGACCCUGGUAGCACUUUUUACUGACCACCAGUGGGUUGCUCCUGCUGUUGCCACUGCUGAUCUGCAUGCCCAGUAUGGAUCUCCAACGUAUUUCUAUGCAUUUUAUCACCACUGUCAAAGUGAAAUGAAACCAAGCUGGGCUGAUUCAGCUCAUGGUGAUGAAGUCCCGUAUGUGUUUGGCAUUCCUAUGAUUGGCCCAACAGAAUUGUUCAACUGUAACUUUUCCAAGAAUGAUGUCAUGCUCAGUGCAGUUGUUAUGACAUACUGGACAAACUUCGCCAAAACUGGAGAUCCAAACCAGCCUGUUCCACAAGACACAAAGUUCAUCCACACAAAACCAAACCGCUUUGAAGAAGUAGCCUGGUCCAAAUACAAUCCUAAAGAUCAGCUUUAUCUGCAUAUUGGCCUGAAACCACGAGUUCGUGAUCACUACCGAGCAACAAAAGUUGCUUUCUGGUUGGAGCUUGUGCCACACCUUCACAACCUGAAUGAAAUUUUUCAAUAUGUUUCCACAACAACUAAAGUACCCCCUCCUGACAUGACAUCAUUUCCUUAUGUUACCCGACGCUCUCCUGGUAAAUUGUGGCCAGCCACCAAACGCCCAGCAAUGACACCUGCCAACAAUCCCAAACAUUCAAAAGACACUCAUAAAACAGCUCCCGAGGAUACAACAGUUCUGAUAGAAAACAAGAGAGAUUACUCUACUGAGCUGAGCGUCACCAUUGCUGUGGGAGCAUCCUUGCUGUUCCUCAAUAUUUUAGCAUUUGCUGCAUUAUAUUACAAGAAAGACAAGCGGCGUCACGAGACUCACAGGCGCCCUAGCCCCCAGAGGAACACAACCAAUGAUAUCGCACACAUACAAAAUGAAGAGAUCAUGUCAUUGCAGAUGAAACAGCUGGAACAUGACCAUGAGUGUGAAUCACUGCAGGCCCAUGACACGCUGAGACUAACCUGUCCACCUGACUACACGCUUACUUUGAGAAGGUCUCCAGAUGACAUUCCACUCAUGACUCCCAACACCAUAACCAUGAUCCCAAAUACAUUAACAGGAAUGCAGCCUUUGCAUACUUUCAACACCUUCAGUGGAGGACAAAACAGUACGAAUUUGCCCCAUGGACAUUCAACUACUAGGGUAUAGCUCAGCCCUUCCCCCUCACAAGCCACCUGGAAGAAAGAGAAAAAAAAAAAAAAAAAAGAAGAG